GGGGGCCUGGGCCCUGCCCCACUCCUUCCUCGCCUGCAUGGGCACGAGUAGCUCCUGUUGCUUCACUGUAUCCCCUGCCACACUUGGCGAUGCCAAGUGCUGGAAGUCUCCACGUUGCCAUGACAUCUGACCGGCUAUGACCAUAGCCUGCCCCCUGCCCAGCUGCAGCCUCUCCUGUGAUCAGUCUCAGGGUCCUCUGUGAGGGCUUCUCGCAGUCCCUCACCCCCAUCCCUUGCACCCAGUACAUCGGGGAUCCAGCGGACCCGGCCCAUGUUCCCUCUUCCCUCCUCCCCAGGGCGCCUGGUACCAGCCAGGGGAAUUCUUGCUGGUGACCUGACUGGUUGUCCAGGAAGCUGUUCUCUGGGCUUUUCAGGAUGACCCAGUAUCUUCCUGAGCAGUGUGCCUGUCACAGCCACCUCCCUCCCUUCUAGCACAAGAACAGGCACAACUGGUGGGGCCCUGUCUCCGUCAGGCCUAAGGGGGGGGGCCUCCCUCUAAACACUCGCCACCAGCCUCACUGGCACCUCCUCUGUCCCGUUCCCUGCAGCUGCACCUUUGCUUCCCCAAGUCUCCUGUGGGUGCUGCAAAGCGGAGGCUCCCGGGAGCUGGGUGCCAGGCCGCCUCUUGCUCAAGCUGCCUCCUCCCCGAACCUGGUUGCCUGCCUGGGGCAUCCCCUACACGGUUAUAGUAGGAGGUGGGAGGACAAGCAGGCUCAAGGUCACUGCCUAGGUGAGCCAACAACUUUACAGGCCAACUGCUGGCACAUCUUGCUCGAGAACGAGGUUCUCAGAUGAUGCCACCUGCUUCCUGGACCAGGGAUGGCCUUGCCACCUCCGCCGCCUCCUAUCUUAACUGUGUCCUUCACCCUUGGCCAAACCUAGUGGGCUAGGAAGGCCCUGGAGCCCAGGGGCUGAGGGGCUGGGCUUCACCCCUGCUCCCGUGGUCCUGAGGUUGUUGGUGCUGUUGGGACAGCCUGCUACUCCGCCCCUCACAUUGCUCCUUCAGAGGGGAAGGGUUGGCUCACCUGAAACACAUGGCUCAAAGGGCCAGGCCUUGUGCCUCACCAUAACCCGGAAGCCCCUGCUACAGGCGCCUUAGAUAUUGUGAGUCAUUGUACCCAUGAGGCAGAUACCAUUUCCUCUUCCUGGCCCCAAGGUGGUUGAGCUGCCCCCAGUCACGGGGGUGCUACUAAGGCCCCAUCCUUAGAGUGCACCCUUCCCCUUCAUGGCCGAAUAAGGUGUGUGCGGGUGCUUCUUUCCAACUCCAAGGUCACUGUCCUCACAAGAGGCAGCCUGGUCCUCUAUGACAAGGGGACUGUGCCCUGGAUAGGGGGCCUCGUGCCUCUGUGAGAGGGGCCUCAGCGUGGGGCUGGGCAUCAAACCCAGGUAGGCCAGGCCCAGCUCCUGCGGCCUGGCCGGCUCAGACUUGCAGACACGGCUGGGCGGGAGGCUCGCGCUUCCUCCUUGUGCCUGUGACGACACGUCCUCAGCCCAUGGCGCAUGGGCUGGUCGAGAUUCUGCUUUGGGAGCCUGCUUCCCGAUCUGUAAACACGGGCGGGCGUGUAUCCGGUGGCUGUGAGCGAGUAAGAGGAUGGCGAGCCGGCCACACAGGUCCUACGGCCUCAGGCCUCCUUGUUGCCCAACAGGCGGCUGAGGGCGGGCCAUGGCUGCUGAUUAAAGGGCACUGAUUAAAGGCCGCCUGGAGCAGCCUGUGUGCAGGAGACAGGUGCCCAGCAGCCCAGGAAGCCAGCCACAGCGUCCGCCCCAGGUGUCACUGUCCCUGUGCGAACGUCACCAUGUCAGAGGUUCCCCGGGCUGAGACCUUUGUCUUCCUGGACCUGGAAGCCACUGGGCUCCCCAAUGUGGACCCCGAGAUUGCUGAGAUAUCCCUGUUCGCCGUCCACCGCUCCUCUCUGGAGAACGCAGAGCGCGAUGAGGCUGGCACCCCCAUGCUGCCCCGCGUCCUUGACAAGCUCACGCUGUGCAUGUGCCCGGAGCGCCCCUUCACCUCCAAGGCCAGCGAGAUCACGGGCCUGAGCAGCGAGGGCCUGGCUCAGUGCCGGAAGGCUGGCUUCGACGAGGCCGUGGUGCGGACACUACAGGCCUUCCUCAGCCGCCAGGAGGGCCCCAUCUGCCUCGUGGCUCACAACGGCUUUGAUUACGACUUCCCCUUGCUGUGCACGGAGCUGCAGCGCCUAGGUGCCCACCUGCCGCAGGAUACCACCUGCCUGGAUACACUGCCAGCACUGCGGGGCCUGGACCGUGCCCACAGCCAUGGCACCCGGGCCCAGGGCUGCAAGGGCUACAGCCUGGGCAGCCUCUUUCGCCGCUACUUCCAGGCAGAGCCGAGCGCGGCCCACUCGGCCGAGGGAGAUGUGCAUACGCUGCUCAUGGUCUUUUUGCACCGCGCGGCCGAGCUGCUCACCUGGGCCGACGAGCAGGCCCGCAGCUGGGCUCACAUCCAGCCCAUGUACACGCCGCCCGAUAGCCCGAGCCUGGAGGACUGAGUGCCAGGGGCCCCUUCACAUCACCACCCAGGGGGGCAAGGUCCGCUUCCUGCACCACAAGCAGCACCAGCAUUGACCAUCCAGCCCCACUGAGGUCUGGAGCAGGCACUGGACCACUACCUCUCUCCCUGGCCCCAUCCUCAGCUGGGCAUCUUCUUAGCUGGGCACUUGCCAGGCCUUCCCUGGGCGCUGGCCCACCCAGCCCCCAGCCUCACCCCCAGCCCACUGGAGUUUGCCACUUCGGGCUCCCACCCUUCACCCUGCCUUACAAUAAACAUUGCCAACUGUU